CAGUCAGAGGAUAUCCGUUUUGAUGUUGAUACAUGGAGGAUGUACGUCGAAGCUAACGUGUUGGAAACCGGACAUUAACAUUUUUUUUUAAAGGUUGACUCGAUCAAAGCACUCAUCUUCUAUUCAGUCAUUUUUCUAUUCUAACGACAUAUUUUGCAUCAGAAAAAAAAUCACGGAAGUGACACAAAUUGUCAUUAGCAGUGGUUGUCAAAGUUUGGAACAAGCGUCAACUGAAAGAAGUCAGGUACCCCAAAAAAAAAAAAAAAAGUCAGGUACCAUCAGUUUUACGCGGACUCCCUCUAGUGUGAACAUCUUUACAUGCAAAUGGCAGAUAUAAUGGCAGCAGAGGGCUGGAAAGAGGCGGGCUACCAGUAUGUCUGCAUUGACGACUGCUGGAUGGGUCCGAAACGGGAUGCCAAGCAACGCCUGCAAGCCGACCCUGACAGGUUUCCAAGCGGCAUCAAGAAACUGGCUGACUAUGUGCAUUCCAAGGGGCUGAAGUUGGGCAUUUAUGCAGAUGUUGGCCGAAGCACUUGUGCUGGAUACCCUGGUAGUCUGGGUCACUACGACACAGAUGCCCAAACGUUUGCUGAGUGGGAAGUGGAUCUGCUCAAGUUUGAUGGCUGCUACAUGGAUGUUUCUUUACUUGAGCAAGGUUAUGUGAACAUGUCUAGAGCCCUGAACAAAACCGGAAGGCCUAUUCUAUAUUCCUGUGAGUGGCCUUGGUAUGAGUGGCCUUCCCAAAAGCCAAACUACAACGCCAUUGCAGAAACGUGCAACCACUGGCGCAACUUUGCAGACAUCUACGACUCAUGGAGCAGCAUCAAGUCCAUCUUGGACUGGACUGCGUCUCACCAGGACAUCAUUGUCCCCUACGCCGGUCCCGGGGGUUGGAAUGACCCAGAUAUGUUAGUGAUAGGGAACUUUGGACUCAGUCCGGAUCAGCAGGAAUCCCAGAUGGCACUGUGGGCCAUUAUGGCUGCCCCGCUGCUCAUGUCUAACGACCUGAGAUCCAUCUGUAGGCGCUCCAAGGAGCUGCUUCAGAACCGCCACAUCAUUGCCAUUAACCAGGAUGAGCUGGGCAAGCAAGGCUACCGCACGGCCAAGGUGGAGCAUUUUGAGGUGUGGGAGAGACCUUUGUCCAAUGGCAGGCUUGCAAUAGCCAUACUCAACACACUGGAGAUUGGAGGCCCACGCAAGUUCUCGUUAGAAAAAGCUCCUGGCUGGAAGAUGUGCGGCCCGCUUUGCAACAUUACCCAGAUUCUGCCCCAAUAUGAAGAAGUGGGCAUUCAGAUCGGACACUGGGUCUCAGUUAACCCCUCAGGCACCGCCCUGCUUGUCAUCAAGCCCAUCAGCAGCCAUGGAAAAAGAUACCUUACAAUUCUACAGUCAGAGAAACGGACAUAUUUAUAGGCAAUAGAACCUUUUUUUUUUUUUUUUAAUUAAAAUCCAUUCAAAUAGUUUGGUGUGUCAUUCAGCGACAACUUUGAUUCAAAUCAAGCACUGGUUUCAAUACUCAGCAUCAACACAUGACAAAGCACAUGAAUGGUGGAGAAGAGGUGUGGUAAAUUUGAACACAUUUAUUGAAAAUUGUGACAAUGUCAUCCAGAAAAGUGAACCACAUCUUAGAACUGGAUGACCUGGCCCUGUUGAGAGAACAAAAAGACAUGUCAGAAAUGUGGUUUUAAGAUGUAGGAAUGUCUUCUUGUUUGACAUUUGGUCUAUGAAGCAUGACAAAAAUGCUUUAUUUACCCUCCUAUUUUUAAAACCUGAGUAACUGAGCUUUCAAUUCCACUUUUUUUCUGUUACCUCUGAUUUUUUUUUUUUUUUUUUUUUGUCAUUGUGCAAAGAGCUGCAUAAUUUUUAGAAAGACGAACUUGAAAAAACGAAAGCUUGCUCGAACUACACCUACUUUACAACUAUGUCAAUAAAAGGCACUGAAUAACAUUGUGCUGUCAUUGUAAAAUGCCUUAAAAGUUGUAGGACAAACAGUAGUGCUAAUUAGGUAUUGAUAGUCAAUUCAUUUUUUGAGCGUUGUGUGUACGUGGAACACAAAUGUGCACACGAAGGUGUUACACUUAUCUUUAAGGCGGGUUUCAUUACAGCCAUGUUUCCUUUGGAGGGGAAUGUCUUCGGAAAACUAGGGCUGACAACUGACUGAUUAUGAAAUGGAUCAGCAACUAUUUUGAUAUUUUACUAAUCAGAUCAAUCACUAAUUAAAAAAGGAAAAGCAGUAUUCAAUUUUUUUUUUAUUCAUCCCUUGUUUUUACAAAUUAAAACUAAAAUCUAUUUUUUUUU